AUGCAAAAAACAGAGUUUACACCACCUCGAACCUAUUUCUCAUCAUACAAAUUUGAAAUCGGAUUUCCUAUUGAUGUUGGAUUGCCAUGGCCUUUUACUAACAUAUUAGGGAUAAAUUUUGGAUAUCAUGUCAUGUUGAAAGAAGCUCAAGAAGCAAUUAAUUCAAAGUCAACAGUAAUUGGUAUAUCAGUUAGUUGGUGGGGAAUGUAUUCUAUUACUCUUGCCCCUGCACAUGUCCUUAAAUUUGAUCCUAUUUUCAAUGCAACUAUUUUUCAAUUAGUUAAACUUGCUUCUACCGUUUCAACUGAAAAGCAGCAAACAUUAUAUAAUGAUGUAAUAAAAUCGUUUGGAACACAUUAUGUUUCGGGAGUUGUUGUUGGUGCUUUGGCUACUACGUAUACAUUUAUUGAUAAAGAAUUUCAUUCAAAAUAUGAUAGUAAUACUGUUAAAGAACAAAUUUCAUUGGGAUUUGAAUUGGCAUCGCUAAAAUUUUCCGCGGAUAUUGAUGGAGGUGAAAGAGUACGUGAACAAAUGAUGCAAGAAUUUAUAACUGAUGCACAAAGUAACACAACAUUUCUUCCAGUUAUACAAACAUUGCCCGGACAGUUUGAUUGGAAUGUAUGGUCGGCCAAAGCAUCUCAAGAACCAGCUGUCAUUAAUAGAACACUUGUGAGUUUAUCCAAUUUAUUAUCGGACUAUCCAGAAGUAAAAAAACAUUUACAAGAUACAAUCGAUUGUUAUUUGAAAACAGGAAUAUUGCCUACUUUAAAACAACUAAAUAAACAAAAACGUAUAAAAAAACGGAAUGUCUUUCUCUUGAUCGAUGGUAUUGAUAUAGUCGGUUGUGGAUAUAAUAUAUUUACGUUGGAAAGUAAAACAUGUUUGUUAGACAUGAGUAUAUCGGAUGGAAAUACAUGGACUGAUCCAUUUAAUCGCACUUUAACUUAUCAAAUACCUAAUAAUUUUUUUCUUAUUAGUACGUCAGAUUCAUUAUCAAUUACGGAAACUGUACAGUACGAUUCAUUUAAUGAUUUAUGGUAUAAAAAUUUCCAAAUUACCGAAAAAGAUUCAGACAUCCUUUUUGGUUUGUUUUCUCAUUAUGAACGCUCAGAAAUUGAUACAACGUAUCGUAAAUUUAAUCAAUAUUAUUAUAAUUUAGCUUUAACUGUAAAGGAAAUAAAUUGGUAUAAAUUAUCUGCUUCAAUAUUUCCUUCUCCUAAUUUUAAUAGUAUUACUCAAUUAUCAUUUGAUAAAUUACCACACACUUUUGAUCCAGAGAAUAUAAGUAAAUGGGAACAAUUUUUUGAUUCAUUUGGAACUCAUAUAGUUAUGGAUGCCAAUAUGGGUGGUCUAAUUUUAGCUGAAAUUUGGUAUGAAAGUUGUCUUCUCUCUAUUUAUAGUGCGCAGUGGAUAAAACGUCAAAUUGAAACUCGUAAUUUAUGGCUCUUUAAAAACACAUAUACAGAGAAUACUGCUUAUGAAAAUACUGAUCGAGUAUUCCAACAAUAUUCUCAAUAUAAUGUUACAAUAAUUGGCGGUAUGGUAUCCUCUAAUCUAACAGAAUUAGAAAAAUGGAUACCGACAGUAAAACAUAACCCACGUCCAAUCACAUAUCGUCUAACACCUAUAUAUACUUUAUUACCACAAAGCUCACCGCUACGUAAUGCUUUAAAAAAUGCUACAUUAUAUUUCCAUUCAAAUGCUGUUAAUCGUUCACAGAUAUAUAUUGAACAUUUGUCAUCAGUUCAUUAUCCACCACCUCUUACCUGUGUACCACAAAAACGUAAAAAACGAGCAGUUUCCAAAAAUAAUUUUAAUUUAACUGAAGCACGUGAAGCAUUAUGUCCAGUGGUCGGUUAUAAAAAUGCUCAUUAUUGUCCAGGUGUAAAUGAAACUACUAAUAAAAAAAGAAGAAAACGAACCACACCUGUUCCGCCUGAUAAACUACCACGAGGAGUAGGAAUGACUAUUGACAUAAGUACAGGCAUUAUAACAUUACCUGCACUUCAAUUAACUUACUCUGAUGGUGCUGAGAAUUUAUGGACUGAUUCAUACUCGAAACAACCUUUUAUUAUUCCAAAUGAAGUUCUAUUAAAAAAUGUAUCUGAAGAUGAAAAUAAACCAACGGUACGUAUAUUCAAGACGGAAAUGGAUUUAGUUAACGUGUGGACUCGUAAUGCUGAUGAUGGAUAUUGGACGGUAUUAAAUAAAUAUGCAAAAGCUGCUAUCACUGGUUUAACACAAGUUUAUCAUGAAGAAAUUUAUACGUCGUUCAUGGAUGUAUGGGGAACACAUUUAGCUGUUUCAACUGAAAUUGGUGGUAUGAAAGAACAGCAAACCACGUUGAAAAAGUGUAUUUGGUCAUCACCGUAUUUUACUGGUGGUAUGUCAAUUGAUGAAAUUGAAAAGAAUUUAAAAGAAGAUCUAUUAUCACAAUCUCCAUGUAACAGUUAUUAUUUAUCAAGACGAAAAUUAGCUAUCGAUCAUCUUGUUGGAGGUAAUAUUGAAAUUCAGGAUAUAGAAUUGUGGACGAAAACAAUUGCUCUCGAUCCAGCUCUAUUAAAAGUAAUAAAAUAUAUACCAUGGUAUGAUGUUAUCUCAGAUGUGAAUAUUAAGAAAAAUUUACGAAAAGCAAUGACUAUACGUAUAAAUGCAUCGAAUAUUGCUCGUAUGUCCGAAGUAGAUCAGAUUACAUCACAAAGAACGAGUCUACUACAAAGAUUGGCACAAUACGGCGUUCGUACUAAUUAUUAUGGUGCCGAUAAACCGGCAUAUGAAAUAGGUGAUAGAAUAACCUUAGGAGAUACACAUCAAUGUCCAGAUGGAUUAUCAAAAAUCGAUUUAGAGAAAUAUUGUAAUACAGGUAAAAAUGUCACUGCAUGCUCAGUAGCAUAUGUCAAUUUUGAAUGGACGACAACAUGGGAUGUACCAUUAUGCUAUGAACGAAAUAGAACAACUGGUAGUUUUCGAGUUGUCGCACGUCGUGUUGCAGGUGAAAUAUUGUCCGAAUCAGAAGGGAAAUUCCGCAAUUAUGAUAUUACUGGACCAUGGAUUGAGUCUGGUUGUUCAUGGCUGCAAAUACCAUGUAAAGGUGAUGGUCGUGGUAUUACAGAUGCUUUUAUAUGUGCUGGAUGCAUACCAACAACUGACAGAGAAAAGAAAUCGUUCUCCUGCUCAUGUCCAGCCUAUGAAACCGAUGAAGAAUUUAAACCCUACUGCAAAUAA